AUGUAUCCUAAUCAGCAAUAUUCUCAAUCAGGUGGAGGAAGUGGUGCUCAAUAUCCACAACAACCACCAUAUGGAGGUGCAUAUGGAAUGGCUGGUGGUUAUCAACAAAAUAUGUCAACACCAUACAGCGGUAAUCAAGGUGGAUUUGGAGGUCCUAACAAUCCAUACAAUCAAGGAGGAUUUGGAGGUCCUAGCAAUCCGUACAGUCAAGGAGGAUUCGGAGGUCCUAACAAUCCGCACAAUCAAGGAGGAUUCGGAGGUCCCAGCAAUCCGUACAAUCAAGGAGGACAUUCUUCUUAUGGACAAAGUGGUGGAUAUGGUCCUGGAGGUUAUCCACCUUAUAAUCAACAAGCAUAUGGUGCCACUCCGUAUGCACCAAGUUCUGGCAUGGCAGGAACUGGUUAUCCUCCGGU